AUGCAACCUUUUUUUCUCCAGGGAACUGUAAAACCAGCUGUCCCUUUCGAUAAGGAUGCUGACGCUACGGCACUCUAUGAAGCUAUGGCCGGUUUCGGUACGGAUGAGGACGCCAUCAAUGCUAUUCUCACCAAGAGAUCAAACAAUCAGCGACAAGAGAUUAAGGAAGCCUUCAAGACCAAAUACACGCAGGACCUUGUCGAUAGCCUGAAGGAUGAACUGAGCGGAGACUACCGCAAGACUGUCAAAGCUCUAAUGGAUGAACCUGCAGUCAUGAUUGCUCGAUGCCUCAACAACCUGUGCCAAUGUGGUGGUGAUAAGAUGGAAAUCGGUCUACUCGAGAUCAUCUACCCACUCUCUGCAACGGACGUUCUUGGAAUUGCAGCUGUAUACAAAGAGACUUUCUCCACGGUCCUCCACGAAGAUGUAAGCAAAACUGAUACAGGACCAUUCAAGGACGUCAUCUUAAACAUCUUGGUGGGAGAGCGUUCGUCUUCUAUCCGCGUAGACAGUGCUACCGCAAAGGACGAUGCUGAUUAUUUUUUCAAAACGAAGCCCGAGGACUGGCAACUGCCCAAUGAGCGCGUCGCAGAACUGUUUGGGAGGGCGAGUAUUGUCCAGCUGAGACAAACGUUCACACUUGCUGACGCGGCCAACAAUCUGAGUUUGGAGAAAGUUAUGCAGGAUAGCAAUAUGGAUGAAACUCAGAAAGCUGCCUUCAGGGUUAUUUGUGAGUUCUAG